AUGACCGUCGACCGUGGCAGUUGGAGCCCCGAAUUCUUGAAUUUCCUCAGUCAGAACUCGAUAUCUCUUGAUGAAUACGUUCCUCUCCCUAGGUAUCUUCGAAAACGAAAGCCAAUUGAAAACGAGGAAUUGCACCAGGAUUUCGACACUCCUGUCGAAUCUGUAGAAUGGUUAGAUGAUUUCGUUCGCAUUGCAUCGGGCGUUAAAGUUGUUCAUUCUCCAUUUUACAAACAAGGAUUCAUAAUUGGCAUGGAUGCAGGAUCUGGAAUAGCAGCACGGGCUCUACAAGUCGGGCCUGACGAUCAUGUCCUAGAUAUUUGCUGUGCACCUGGUGGCAAGUUGUUAUACUGUGCUGACUUAAUGGGCCCCGGAACAGGCUCUGUUACGGGCGUCGAUAUCUCAAAGGAUCGAAUACUAGUCGCCAAAAACCUACUUCGCAAAAACUUUGACCGAUUUCGCUUCUUUGUUGCUGAUGGUACGACAUUCGAAGUCCCGGCACCUUCGACGCCUCUAAGUUAUCAACCACAAAUGGUGCCCGACGGUGUAUGUAGAGUGAAGCCACUGUAUGCAACUCGAUUACUUGUAAACGAUCCUCAGCUGCCGCAAAAGGGAUAUGAUCGGGUCUUAGUUGAUGCAGAAUGUAGUCAUGAUGGAUCCGUGAGUCAUCUCACGAAUGUACAUGGGAAAGUUGGUUGGGAUCAAAAGUUUCUAGAUCCAGCAAGGUUACAAGGUUUGGAAAAACUUCAGACUGGUUUGUUGGAGAAUGGCUUUAGACUGUUACGAGUUGGAGGGAUCUUGGUGUACUCAACUUGCAGUUUCGCAUACGCCCAGAAUGAGGGAAUAGUAGCGAAAUUCCUGCGGAGGCACCCGAAGGCAUGCCUGAUAGACAUACCAUUCGCAAAGGGGCUGCCUCGUGCCCCUUUAGCUAAACCACCAAACGAAACCUCCGAAGAAAGUGUUGACUUGUCACCGUGUAUACGGCUCUCACCGCGUGCAUCUGGGUGCGGAGCUAUGUUUAUUGCAUGUAUAUUGAAAUCAUAA